AUGACGGUGUGUUUUGGGCCGGCGAAGCCCAAUGGCGCGGCAGGGAAGGCGGGCCCGAGCUGGGUUAGGGUGUCCUUGCAGGGUGUCUGAGCUAAACUUCACCAAAUAAUAGCUGUUUGUAUUUUGGCUGCUGCAGGAGCCAUUUUAGAUAAAAAAUAUCUUCCUCCAAUAUUUGAAAAUGAAAAUACAAAAGAAAGAGAAGCAGCUGUCAAACUUAAAAGUUCUGAAUCACUCCCCAAUGUCUGAUGCCUCUGUCAAUUUUGACUUCAAAUCCCCAUCCCCGUUUGACUGCAGCACUGAUCAGGAAGACAAGAUUGAUGGUGUUGCUAGGCAUUGUCUGCCCCAGAAGGACCUGUAUGCAGCUGAAGAGGAAGCAGAUACCCUUUUUCCUAGGAAAAUGACAUCUCACAAUGGGAUGGAGGACAGUGGAGGAGGGGGUACCGGAGUGAAGAAGAAACGGAAGAAAAAGGAGCCAGGAGAGCAGGCGGGUACUGCAAAAGGAAGCAAGGAUAGGGAGCCCAAGCCAAAGAGGAAGCGAGAACCUAAAGAACCCAAGGAACCCCGGAAGGCCAAGGAGCCCAAGAAAGCCAAGGAGCCCAAGGAGCCGAAGCAGAAGGAUGGAGCUAAGAAGGCUCGGAGGCCCCGGGAGGCCUCGGGCACCAAGGAGGCCAAAGAGAAGAGGAACUGCUCCGACUCCACAGGCAGGACAAAGUCCAAGAAGGCCAGCAAGGAGCAAGGACCAACCCCAGUGGAGAAAAAGAAGAAAGGAAAAAGGAAAAGUGAAACCACAGUGGAGAGUUUAGAGCUGGAUCAGGGCCUGCCGAGCUCGUCCCUGCGGAGUCCUGAGGAGUCCACUGAGUCUGCAGACAGCCAGAAACGACGCUCAGGACGACAAGUGAAGCGCAGAAAAUACAAUGAGGACCUGGACUUCAAAGUGGUGGAUGACGAUGGAGAGACAAUCGCUGUUCUUGGAGCCGGCCGAACAUCUGCACUCUCAGCGUCUACACUGGCUUGGCAGGCAGAGGAGCCUCCAGAAGAUGAUGCAAACAUCAUUGAGAAGAUUCUGGCGUCUAAGACUGUCCAGGAGGUUCACCCAGGAGAACCCCCAUUCGACUUGGAGCUAUUCUACGUAAAGUAUAGGAAUUUUUCCUACUUACACUGCAAAUGGGCCACAAUGGAAGAGCUCGAAAAGGAUCCUCGCAUCGCGCAGAAGAUCAAGCGAUUUCGGAAUAAACAAGCCCAGAUGAAGCACAUUUUUACUGAGCCUGAUGAAGACUUGUUCAAUCCAGACUAUGUGGAAGUUGAUCGCAUCUUGGAGGUGGCCCACACCAAGGAUGCAGAAACAGGAGAGGAGGUGACACAUUACCUGGUGAAGUGGUGCUCACUGCCAUACGAAGAAAGCACCUGGGAGCUAGAGGAAGAUGUGGAUCCUGCAAAAGUUAAAGAAUUUGAAUCUCUCCAAGUUCUCCCUGAAAUCAAGCAUGUGGAGCGGCCUGCUUCAGACUCCUGGCAGAAGCUCGAGAAGUCUCGCGAGUAUAAGAACAGUAACCAGCUCCGGGAGUACCAGCUGGAGGGGAUGAACUGGCUUCUUUUUAAUUGGUAUAACAGGAAAAACUGUAUUUUGGCUGAUGAGAUGGGCUUAGGAAAAACCAUCCAGUCCAUCACAUUCCUUUCAGAAAUAUUCCUCAGAGGAAUCCAUGGUCCUUUUCUCAUCAUCGCCCCUCUCUCCACCAUCACUAACUGGGAGCGGGAGUUCCGGACGUGGACAGAGAUGAAUGCCAUUGUCUACCACGGCAGCCAGAUCAGCAGGCAGAUGAUCCAGCAGUAUGAGAUGGUGUACCGAGAUGCACAGGGAAACCCCCUUUCAGGAGUCUUCAAGUUCCAUGUCGUCAUCACGACGUUUGAGAUGAUCCUGGCAGACUGCCCAGAGCUGAAGAAGAUUCACUGGAGUUGUGUGAUCAUCGAUGAAGCCCACAGACUGAAGAACAGGAACUGCAAACUUCUCGAAGGUCUAAAGCUCAUGGCCCUGGAACAUAAAGUGCUGCUCACUGGAACACCCUUGCAGAACUCUGUGGAGGAGCUCUUCAGUUUGCUAAAUUUUCUGGAGCCAUCACAGUUUCCUUCAGAGACUGCUUUCUUGGAGGAGUUCGGAGAUCUGAAAACAGAGGAGCAGGUAAAGAAACUGCAGUCUAUCCUAAAACCAAUGAUGCUUCGGCGGCUGAAGGAUGAUGUGGAAAAGAACCUAGCUCCCAAGCAGGAGACCAUCAUUGAAGUAGAACUGACCAAUAUCCAGAAGAAGUACUACCGGGCCAUCCUGGAGAAGAACUUCUCCUUUCUGACCAAGGGCGCCAAUCAGCACAACAUGCCCAAUCUCAUCAACACAAUGAUGGAGCUGAGAAAGUGCUGUAAUCACCCCUACCUGAUCAAUGGGGCAGAGGAAAAAAUUCUGGAAGAUUUCCGAAAAACCCACAGCCCUGAUGCCCCUGACUUCCAGCUCCAGGCCAUGAUUCAGGCAGCAGGGAAGCUGGUGCUGAUUGACAAGCUGCUCCCUAAGCUGAUCGCGGGGGGCCACAAAGUGCUCAUUUUCUCCCAGAUGGUGCGCUGCCUCGACAUCCUGGAGGAUUACCUCAUCCAGAGAAGAUACACCUAUGAGCGAAUUGAUGGGCGAGUACGGGGAAACCUGCGCCAGGCAGCCAUCGACCGGUUCUGUAAGCCAGACUCAGACCGCUUUGUCUUUCUUCUGUGCACCAGAGCGGGAGGCCUGGGGAUCAAUCUCACAGCUGCUGAUACCUGCAUCAUAUUUGAUUCUGACUGGAACCCACAAAAUGACUUGCAGGCUCAGGCCCGCUGUCACCGCAUAGGCCAGAGUAAAGCCGUGAAGGUCUAUCGCCUCAUCACCCGGAACUCCUAUGAGCGAGAAAUGUUUGACAAGGCCAGCCUAAAGCUGGGUCUGGACAAGGCAGUUCUUCAGGACAUCAACCGAAAGGGCAGCACCAAUGGAGUACAGCAGCUCUCAAAAGUGGAGGUGGAGGACCUGCUCCGGAAGGGUGCUUAUGGAGCCUUGAUGGACGAGGAAGACGAAGGCUCCAAGUUCUGUGAAGAAGACAUAGACCAGAUUCUGCAGAGGAGAACCCACACCAUCACCAUCCAGUCUGAGGGGAAAGGGUCCACCUUUGCCAAGGCUAGCUUUGUGGCUUCAGGAAACAGAACAGACAUUUCCUUAGAUGAUCCUAACUUUUGGCAGAAAUGGGCUAAAAUAGCUGAACUGGACACUGAAGCAAAGAAUGAAAAGGAAAGCUUAGUGAUCGACCGCCCUCGUGUGAGAAAGCAGACCAAACACUACAACUCGUUUGAGGAGGAUGAGCUCAUGGAGUUUUCAGAGUUAGACAGUGACUCGGAUGAAAGGCCCACGAGAUCCAGGCGCCUCAAUGACAAAGCCAGGCGCUACCUCCGAGCUGAGUGCUUCCGGGUAGAGAAGAACCUGCUCAUCUUUGGCUGGGGCCGUUGGAAGGACAUCCUGACUCAUGGGCGAUUCAAGUGGCAUCUGAACGAGAAGGACAUGGAGAUGAUUUGCCGGGCCCUGCUGGUGUACUGUGUCAAGCAUUACAAGGGGGACGAGAAGAUCAAGAGUUUCAUCUGGGAGCUGAUCACACCCACCAAAGACGGACAGGCCCAGACCCUGCAGAACCACUCAGGGUUGUCUGCUCCAGUCCCUAGAGGGAGGAAGGGGAAGAAGACAAAGAACCAGCUGCUGCUUCCGGAACUGAAGAACGCAGACUGGCUGGCCACGUGCAAUCCCGAGGUGGUCCUGCAUGACGACGGCUACAAGAAACACCUCAAACAACACUGCAACAAGGUACUUUUGCGAGUCCGGAUGCUAUACUACCUGAAAGCUGAAAUACUGGGAGAAGCAGCUGAUAAAGCAUUUGAAGGAACUCCUGCCAGGGACCUGGACGUGCUUCUGCCCGACAUUGACUAUGUGGAGAUCCCAGUGGACUGGUGGGAUGCUGAGGCCGAUAAGUCUCUUCUCAUUGGUGUGUUCAAGCACGGUUAUGAGAGGUACAAUGCCAUGCGAGCAGACCCAGCACUCUGCUUUCUGGAGAAAGUUGGGAUGCCAGACGAGAAGUCCCUUUCUGCAGAACAGGGUGUCACAGAUGGCACCUCAGACAUCCCCGAAAGAGGCAACAUGGACAAAGAAGACAAUACUGAGGACAAAUUAGAUGGCCUCCAGAAACAAACGGAGAGUUCCAGUGAUGGAGGCGAUGGCAUUUGUGGUGAAAAGAAGGAUGACAGCCGGGCAGCCCAGGAUGGCUCCGACCCAGACAAAUCACCCUGGCCAGCCUCAUCCGCCCUCACAGCUCGUCUCAGACGACUGGUCACCGUUUACCAGCGCUGUAACCGCAAGGAACUCUGCCGACCUGAGAUUAUGGGACCAGGUAACCAAGGAUACUGGGUUCAGGAAGAGAUGUUCAGGAGAAGCUCAGAAAUGGACCUCAUCAACAAGGAUGCCCAGAAGAGGUGGACAAGGAGAGAGCAGGCUGACUUUUACCGAACAGUGUCUUCCUUUGGUGUCAUUUAUGAUCAAGAAAAAAAAACCUUUGACUGGACACAGUUCCGCAUAAUUUCCCGGUUGGACAAGAAGUCGGAUGAGAGCCUGGAACACUAUUUCUACAGUUUCGUGGCCAUGUGCCGGAGUGUCUGUCGUCUGCCCGUGUGGAAAGAUGGUGGUCCCCCUGACGCCACCAUCUACGUUGAACCCAUCACCGAGGAGCGGGCUGCAAGGACUCUGUACCGCAUCGAGCUGUUACGGAAGAUCCGAGAGCAGGUGCUCACGUGUCCUCAGCUGCACGAGCGUCUCCAGCUCUGCAGGCCCAGCCUCUACCUCCCGGUCUGGUGGGAGUGUGGGAAGCACGAUCGCGACCUGCUCAUCGGCACCGCCAGACACGGGCUAAACCGCACCGACUAUUACAUCAUGAACGACCCCCAGCUGUCCUUCCUGGACGCCUAUAGAAACUAUGCCCAGCAUAAAAGAACCAACACCCAGGCACCAGGCAGUCUCUGCUGUCUUUACCAGACCAACAGCAAACUGUAUGAAUCCCUUACCUAUACUCAGAGGAGCAGGACUUCAGAAUGCCUUGAAAAUGAACCUGAGAAUCUAGUGAAAAUAGAAAGCAGAGAUGACCCUCUCAGUCUGCCUGGGGGCAGCUUACCUGAUGUAACCUGUGAAAACUUUCUCUCUAAAGUUCAGGAUGUCAUGUCCAUCAGCCACGGCGAAAGUCUGCUGCCCGAGUCCUUGGAGAACGUGAUGUACAGUAAGAAGGUGCUCUGCCGCCAGCCAGGCUCUUUUCAGGAAAGUCCAGGCACCAGUGCAGAACCCAGGAAGGAUGCUGCUGCCAUGUCCGUGGGCACAGACGGGAGCUGCCAGCCUGGCCGCCACGAGGCAGAAGUGGCUCCCAGCCCCUCUUUUAUGGGUAGCCUAGAAGCAGGAGUAGCUCAGAUGAACAUUAAAGAUGGAAAACAUCUGCUGAUGCCUGUUUCAAAGGAAGGGGAGCCGUGCUGCCAUGAAGUGGGACAGAGGCCUGAAACCAUCGGGCAGUUAGACACCAAAUGCUUACCUUCGCCGUCCUCUGAUCCAGGAAAUGAAAGUGGGCUUGUAGACAUGUGCAACCUUAGUGUCUGUGACUCCAAAGGAAACCUGUCGUCGGAUCCGCAAUUAAUUGAUGUAUUAGAAAACAAAAGUUUAGCAAGUAAACUGAUUCUGGGUCAGAACCACAGUGAUGAGGAGGAGGAAGAGGAGGAAAAUGAGGAGGAAAGCUUGGCUGUGGUAGCAGGCAUGAGGGAAAUGCCACCGGUUUUGCAUCUCUCUGAGCCUUCUCCAAAUAUCCUAAGGGAAAAGAGCCGAGGCCUCCACGUGGAUGAAACACAGAAAGGAAGCCUGGAGGCAGGAGGCCAGACUCCUGGACCACAGAGGGCCUUUCCCUCGGAAGCCUGUCAGUGUCACUGCAAGCACAUGGAGAGGUGGGCACGGGGCCUCGAGCAUGAGGAAUUUGAAGUAGAAAAACCCAAGACUUAUAACCCGGACCCCUACAGCAUCAACACCAGUAGUAUCUCGAUGGAAGCUGAACCCACUGCUGUUGCACCAGAGCCGUUUCAAGUGACGCGUGGGCUUUUAAAAGAACCUUGGAAGGAAAGUGCAGAGGGAAAAAAAGGUUUCCCCAUGUAUGUUCCCGAAGGAAGUGACCUCAAGUCAGAAGACCUGGAGUUUGAGAAUAAAGAUGAUUUUGAUAGAGAUGGAGCCUGCCAUAGCCAAGAUUACCCAGGGAAAUACUCUGAAGAGGAGAGCAAGAGCUCGACCUCGGGCAUUGCGGGAGAUACGGGGGAUGACGUGCAGGAAGCUCGUGCUCCCACCAUUGCCCAGCUGCUCCAGGAGAAAACCCUCUACUCCUUCUCAGAGUGGCCAAAGGAUCGCGUGAUAAUUAACCGGCUGGAUAAUAUUUGCCACGUGGUGUUGAAGGGGAAGUGGCCCUCCAGCCAGCAGUGUGAGCCCUCAGGCACACUGCCCACCCCCAUCUUACCCAGCAGCGUGGGUUCUCGAAGCAGCCUCUCAGAACCAGACGCAGCAGAACACAGCUUCAGCAAUGGGGCGGCACUGGCGGCCCAGAUCCAGAAGGAGAGUUUCUUAGCUCCGGUCUUCGCAAAGGAUGAACACAAGCACAGACGGCCCUAUGAGUUUGAGGUGGAGAGGGAUGCCAAAGCUCGGAGCCUGGAUCAGUUCUCUGCCACCCACAGGCACCCCCCUAUUGUCCUCAAUGGCUGGCAUGGGGAGUCAGCUGUAGACCUCUCCUGCUCAUCAGAAGGGUCCCCAGGAGCCACAUCUCCCUUCCCAGUGAGUGCCAACACUCCAAAGAUCGGGGCUAUCGGUUCACUUCAAGGAGCCCUUGGCAUGGACUUGUCUGGGAUUCUGCAGGCUGGCCUGAUCCAUCCAGUGACAGGGCAGAUCAUCAACGGAAGCCUCAGAAGAGAUGAUGCUGCCUCGAGGAGGCGAAGGGGCAGGCGGAAACACGCCGAAGCGGGCAUGGACCUCAUCUUUCUGAAGGAACAGACACUGCAGGCAGGGAUCUUGGAAGUCCAUGAAGACCCCGGGCAGGCUGCCCUGAGCACCACACACCCUGAAGGGCCAGGACCUGCUGCCUCUGCCUCCGAGCCAGCUGCAGUGACCAACAGCCAGGCCGAGAAGGCCCUUCCCAGCAAGAGUCUGCUGGACUGGCUGAGGCAACAAGCAGACUGCUCCUUAGAAGUUCCCGGCUUUGGGGCGAAUUUUUCAGACAAACCAAAGCAAAGGAGGCCUCGCUGUAAAGAACCUGGAAAACUAGACAUCAGCUCUCUGAGUGGGGAAGAGAGGGUUCCAGCUGUCCCCAAGGAGCCAGGACUGAGGGCCCUGGGAGGCAGCGGUGAUGGCUCAAGGAGUGGGAUCCCUGCCCUUCACAUUGGAGACCUGGAUUGAAUUUCUGGCUUCUGACUUCAGCCUGGCCCAGCCUUGGUCAUUGCAGGCAUCUGGGGCGUGAACCAGUGGAUAGGAGUUUUCUUUCUCUGUCUCUCCAGUAAAUAAAUAAUUAAAAAAAAAAAAAAAUAGAGGAGGCAUUGUUUGUCAAACUUUGGGCUUGGUUUCUUCACAGCAAAAAGAUUUGUGAGAUCCAACACACCCCUCCCCCUAGAAAGUUAGGGGAGAGAUUUCUGAGGGGACAUGGGUGGUACACAUGAGGAAGACACUACCUGCACCUUGCCCUGGCCCGUGCUGGGCUGAGGUACGGUGCCACCUACACCUGACACUGCCCAGUGCUGGCAGAGCAGCUGGCACAGAAUGCGCUGGUUUACAUUGCUGGGCUCAAGACAGACAGGCGAAAGAUUGUCCUUUUACCUGGCCAUAAUCCAUGAGAUCCUACUUCUCUCUUUGGAGACAACCAGCCGGUGACUAUCCGCAGAACCAGAAGGCAGCCACCCUGACAUACUUAGGACAGAGCUCUCUACGCUUUGCAGGUGGCUCAUCACACUGGAAAUAGGAGGGAUGUGAUGGUUGAGUGAGGAAGUCGUGGGCUGUUGCAGGGUCUUAGUCCACCCAUACAAGGAUGGACUGGGUCCAAGGAAAGGUAAGUGCCCCCGCUCGCCCUCGCCCGUUUCCCAAGACAAUCAGACGCAGCAGGGAGCCAAGUCUAGCAAGAACUCAUUUAUUUUGCGAGGAACAAAGCCUUUUAAAGCACAAAACUGCAGAGUCAUUGGGGCAGGGCAUAAGGACCAACCAGUCACUUAAAGGGUCACUUUACGGGAUGAUUUCUAUAGGACUAGCCAUAUGUCCAAACACUUGUUACUAGUUUUGUUACCUCCCCUGAUGUUGCAUAGCCAAUUAGUUUUGGUGGUAAACAAAUUUGAGUUCCACCCAUCUUACUUCCUCUGGGCACCAUCUUUGAAUUGCCUCUUGUAACUAAUUUCCCCACAGGUUGUACAAACAGGAUCUGGGUUCUGGCCUGCUCUGCCUCUGAGCCGCUAUGCCCCUGGGCAGAUCCCGCCCCCUCUCAGUGGAGGGGAAGGGGCACCCGACAUGACCAUUGCAGAGGCUGCUUCCAGCCCUUUGAUAAUAAGGCAAGGCAUUUGGAAAAAAUUUUCUCCCUGGACAAAGCUGCCAUCAUAAAGCGUUUUGUCCACACCAAGCAGGUUUUUCUUGACUAUUCUUUGGGAAAUUGAAAGACAGGUGUAGAGCUUGAAAAAUAACCAUUUCCAGAAACUUGGAUGCAUUCAGAUACAGGUGUUUUCACGUGUCUGUGGGCCUGUAAAUGGGUGAUGGUGCUAACUUCUAGGACUCAUGGGGUGAGCACACGGAGUCCUUCCUGGGGUGCCUGACAUGGGGCAAAUACUUCUUGAAUGGUAGCUGGAGUUUCCCCUGCCACGCUCCCUGAUAAUCACCUUCACCUCAUGACCACUACUCCUAGCCUGUCCCUGUCACUGCUGACCACCUCUUAUAUUAUCCUCACAGCUCCCUGAGAGCUCAAAACCAAGGUCACCAGCUGCCUCUCACACGAAAGUCUGUUGUGUUUCGCAAGUAUCUUAUUUUACAGUUUUGCGAGAAGAGAGGCAGUGAAACAAAUGGGAAACGACGGAGCUACUGAGUUCAAGUUGAGAAGGAAGCCCCUGGGAGGAUGCUGAGUAGCUCUCUCCACUGCUCUCAGACCUGGCUGCCAGGCUGAGCCCUCAGAGACCCUGCUUUCCUGACCUUUGUGUUCACGUCCUCUAGCAUUUCAGCCCUGAUAGUUUUUCUGGCUUUUAGGAGACCUGCACCUGUUGAGUGUGCUCUGCUGAGGAGUAUAGCCAGGCCUCGGCCUCUGACUCUCAACGCCAUGGGGGCUGUGGGCCAGUAGAGUCUCGCUGCUUCUCGCCACCUCCCCACUGCCCCCUCACCAGACUCUUGUAGAGAAGGAAAGCAGCUGCACAAAGGAGAAUCCUGGGAAGGCAGCAGGCACAGCUCGUGGAGGCGCUGGCCCCUCUUGCACUGGCAGCCAAGCAGCCUCCCACCUGAGCCGCUCUGCAGGCCCCAUGUUGCAGCUGUGAUGGUGACCUGUGUUAGUGGACCCUCAGGGCCACUCUGAACACAGGGAAGGUGGCAAACUACCAACGACUUUGUAACAGGAAGCCUAAGAAGGAGACACGUGCAUGGUCAGGGCAGCUGACUUCUCAGGCGCUGGCUCGGAGGACUUAGUCUUUGUCCUUCUCUGCACAAGAAGAGACCAAGAGUGUUCAACAGCAUGAGCAUAAUGCCUUUUUUUAAUCCUCCAGAAGUGUUAUGACUUGAUAAACUGAAGAAGAGGGUAGUCGAGAGAGAAGGGGACGCCACGUUAGCCAGAGGCAGGGAACUGCAGGCACCAGGUCCUGAAGGGAGCUGCUCCCUUUCUGUGGGGAAAACGUUUCCCUCUUAAAUGGGAAUGAUGCUCACUGUCCUUGACACAGGUCCAGAGACAGACUUGGUAAUCCCAGUGGUUUAAUUACCUCUCUGCAGCCAGACUGGGCACUCAGGGAAUACGCUCUCCUCCGGGUCCUCACUGCCCUGUGGAGUUCCUGAGCCUCAUUCUCAGAGGACGGAGGGUGUGCUGCUGUUAAAGCACUCUGCUCUCCUCUAGAAUUCUGUGUGGCUUAAUCCUGAUGCACCAGAGAAGGAUUCAAAGGCGUAAAGCCAGGUGACCCGUGUGCAGGCACGGUGGAAGGCACAGGCCCAGCCGCAGCCUGGUAGUCUGUGUGAGCAGAAGUGCUUAACUGUGGAGCUCUUUGCUAACUCAGAAGCCUCCAAACAGGAACAAAUGAUGGUCUUCCCUAAGGGAAAUCAGACCUUCACUUAUCUGGAUGGUGUGUCCCCAGCGUGUUCAGUGGUGCCUCCCUUACCGCAGGAAGCAGGUGUAUACCCCCUUGCAUCCAGGGCCACAGCCUGAAGAGGGGAGCAAAGCACACGCUGCUUCCUGUGGGUGUGCCGGCAUGAAAACACUUCUCUCGACGACUCUGGAAGCUAGGAAUCAGUGUUCUUUCCACCGGCGGCUGAGGAUUGGAGCUGAGCUCUGCCUGGCUGCAAAGCCCUGUCUUACAUAUUCUGCUUUGUUGUCUUUUUUUUUUUUUUGACAGGCAGAGGGGACAGUGAGAGAGAGAGACAGAGAGAACUGCUUUGUUGCUUUAAUAAGAACCUUUGUGUGCCAUAAGGUUUUGGUGAAGGUCCUACCUCGACCUGGCCUGUUGGAAGUGCUGGUCCGCAGCUCCCAGCUCCCUGCCAGUUUCUCCCAGCAUGGGCGCUGCCUUUGCCUAUGAGUGUGGGAAGCCCUGCUUGGUGGCAAUGCAUGCCCAGCUUGUCCCCGUGCCGCUAGAUGCUCUCAGCCUCUGAAGGAGAACCCCUUCGGGUCCAGGGGCCCCAGUGGGUGAGAGGCACUCCUUCCACCAGGAACCCCGCGUGGCACUUGGGGCAGUUGAGGCCAGUGCAGGGCGCUGUCCUCUCCGGACCGACCACUUGCCAUCUGGUAACCUUCGGCAUCUUGUGUUUCUUUGUCCUU